CGGACUUUGAGCCUCCUCCAGGUGCAGCAUCGGCGCCUCCAGGGGAAAGACUUUCUUUAGCUUCCUUCUCUGUCAGCCAUGACUGCCAAUUUCUUCUGAGAUAAGACCUGCUUACUAGCUGGAGUCCUGCACAUUUCACCUUGUCCCAAAAGCGUAAUAAAUCUUUUAAGAAAGCCAUGUUCUGCCCUUACAGAGCCUUAGUGACUCUGCCUCAGACAGCCCUCUUUGCCCAGAUAACAGACGAGGGAGGAGUUUACCUGGUCCCCUUGGAGGCUUCCUUGGAACACGGAUCAAAGAUGGCCGAGCAAAUCCCAAUUGGUCCUGAAGCAAGAAAAGACAUUGAUGUUUUUAAGACUGGUUAUACUGGGGAAUUCCUGGAAACAACAGUGCAAGUUCUCCAAGGUGAGGAUAUGGCCUACCCAGACAUACAGCGCCAGUGUUUUAGGCAGUUCUGUUACCAGGCAGCCGAAGGGCCCAGAAAGGUUUGGAACCAACUUCACAAUCUUUCCCGUCGGUGGCUGAAGCCAGAGCGACACACAAAAAACCAAAUCCUGGACCUGGUGGUCCUGGAGCAGUUCCUGACCAUCCUGCCAGCAGAGAUGGCGAGCUGGGUGAGAGAAUGCGGAGCGGAGACCAGUUCCCAGGCGGUGGCCCUGGCAGAAGGCUUCCUCCUGAGCCAGGCAGAGGACCAGAGGCAGCAAGAGCAGCAGCAGGUACGGAGUCUGCCAGCAGAAGCGGGGCGUGGUCGCACUGCAGCAGAGAGGGCUUCUUCAGACACCACUCAGAGCCCCCCACAAAGGGAGAUCAAGCAGGAGGGUGACUGUCGUGCUUCCUUGCAAGGGCCUGGAAUGAUGCCGGCAAUAAAUCCACAGCCGUCUCUUCUUCUUUGUGAUGGAGGGGAACCGGAUCAGGCUCUGGUGACCUUUGAGGAGGUUGCUGUGCAUUUCACGGAGGAGGAGUGGGCCCUGCUGGAUCCUGACCAGAGAGCCCUGCACUGGCAGGUCAUGGAGGAGAACCGUGGGAUCGUGGCCUCUCUCAACAGUGACAUUUGGGAAGUGGAUAAUAAGAGAGAACCAUACGGGCUAUCAUCAAAAAGAGAGAAAUGUAAAAACAGCAACAAGGAGAGAAGGAAACCUGAAGUAAAUUGGAAUGGGAGGAAUUAUUCCUUUGCUUCUCAGGACAAGAGAUAUCAUGAUAGCAGCAUGCAAAAACACACACACAAAAGACAGGAAAAUAAUACGUUUCAUGUGCAUACGGAAACAUUCAAUCCUGAAUUGAAAGAUAACACUCACUCCAAAAUUCACAGACUGAAGAAACCAUAUAAAUGCCUGGAGUGUGGAAAGAGCUUCAGUCAGAGUUCAUGUCUCAUUCUACAUAACAGAGUUCACUCAGGGAAGAAACUAUAUCAUUGCUUACAGUGUGGAAAGAGCUUCAGUCACAAGACAAAUCUUACUACUCAUCAAAGGACUCACACAGGGGAGAAACCAUAUCAUUGUUUGGAAUGUGGAAAACGCUUCACUCAGAAGAAUCAUCUCACGUCUCAUCAAGGAACACACAUACAGGAGAAACAGUAUCAUUGUUUGGAGUGUGGAAAGAGUUUCAGGGAGAAGUCAUAUCUCACUUGUCAUCAAAGAACUCACACAGGGGAGAAACCAUAUCAUUGUUUGGAGUGUGGAAAGCGUUUCAAUCAGCAGGCACAUCUCACUUCUCAUCAAAGAACUCACACAGGGGAUAAACCAUAUCAUUGUUUGGAGUGUGGAAAGCGUUUCAAUCAGCAGGCACAUCUCACUUCUCAUCAAAGAACUCACACAGGGGAGAAACCAUAUCAUUGUUCGGAGUGUCGAAAAAGCUUCAGUCGGAAGAUAUAUCUCACUUCUCAUCAAAGAACUCACACGGAGAAACCAUAUUAUUGCUUGGAGUGUGGAAAGAGUUUCAGGGAGAAGUCAUAUCUCACUUCUCAUCAAAGAACUCACACAGGGGAGAAACCACAUCAUUGUUUAGAGUGUGGAAAGAGUUUCAGUCGGAAGAGAAGUCUUACUUCUCAUCAAAGAACUCACACGGAGAAAGCAUAUCAUUGUUUGGAGUGUCGAAAAAGCUUCAGUCAGAAGGGAGAACUUACUUCUCAUCAAAGAACUCACACAGGGGAGAAACCAUAUUGUUUGGAGUGUGGAAAGACCUUCAAUCAGAAGAUAAAUCUCAAACGUCAUCAAAGAACUCACACAGGGGAGAAACGAUAUCAUUGUUUGGAGUGUGGAAAGAGUUUCAGGGAGAAGUCAUAUCUCACUUGUCAUCAAAGAACUCACACAGGGGAGAAACCAUAUCAUUGUUCGGAGUGUCGAAAAAGCUUCAAUCAGAAGGGAGAACUUACUUCUCAUCAAAGAACUCACACAGGGGAGAAACUAUAUCAUUGUUUGGAGUGUGGAAAGAGUUUCAGUCGGAAGAUAUAUCUCACUUGUCAUCAAAGAACUCACACAGGGGAGAAACCAUAUCAUUGUUUGGAGUGUGGAAGGCGUUUCAAUCAGCAGACACAUCUCACUUCUCAUCAAAGAACUCACACAGGGGUGAAACCAUAUUAUUGCUUGGAGUGUGGAAAGAGUUUCAGGGAGAAGUCAUAUCUCACUUCUCAUCAAAGAACUCACACAGGGGAGAAACCACAUCAUUGUUUAGAGUGUGGAAAGAGUUUCAGUCGGAAGAGAAGUCUUACUUCUCAUCAAAGAACUCACACAGGGGAGAAACCAUAUCAUUGCUCGGAGUGUGGAAAGAGUUUCAGGGAGAAGUCAUAUCUCACUUCUCAUCAAAUAACUCACACAGGGGAGAAACCACAUCAUUGUUUAGAGUGUGGAAAGAGUUUCAGUCGGAAGAGAAGUCUUACUUCUCAUCAAAGAACUCACACAGGGGAGAAACUAUAUCAUUGCUCGGAGUGUGGAAAGCGUUUCAAUCAGCAGACACAUCUCACUUCUCAUCAAAGAACUCACACAGGGGAGAAACCAUAUCAUUGCUCGGAGUGGAAAGAGCUUCAUUUAUAAAGCAUAUCUUACUUCUCAUCAAAGAACUCACACAGGGGAGAAAGCAUAUCAUUGUUUGUAGUUUGGAAAGAGCUUCAGUCAGAAGACAACUCUUACUUCUCAUCAAAGAACUCACGCAGGGGAGAAACCAUAUCAUUGCUUACAGUGUGUAAAGAGUUUCAGACAGAAGUGUAAUCCCACUUCUGAUCACAGUCUUCACCCGAGAGAAAAACCAUAUCAACAGACUGAGGAAAGUGCUUCAGUCAGAAGACACAUCGAACUAAUCUACAGAGAGCUCGCACAGAUGAGAAACCAUAUCAUUGCUUUUCACUCAUUAUCCAAGAAUUCACACAGGAGAAAGAACAUAUCAUUGUAUACAGUGUGGAAAGAAUUUCAGCCAUAAAAAUUAUCUUAAAAGCACUCGCACAGGGGGAAAAUUACAUGAUUGUUUGGAAUGUGGAAAAGGCUUCAUUCAUAAGCUAACUUACUUCUUAACAAAGAAAUGACACAGAGGAGAAAUAAUAUAAAUGCUUAGAUUGUAAAUAGCCUUCACACAGUACAGAAACCAUCUACAUAUUUUGAAUGUGCUAAGAACUGAAGCUAAGACAACGAAGGAAGAUCAUGACACACAGAUCAUAAAUAUUUCCAAAAUAUGGGGCAGGAUAGAUUUUCUCAGUUAUAUACAUUUGAUGUUUCUCGUAGAGUUUAUUUACUCUUGUAAGUGUGUUGAAACUUAACAUUCAUUUUCUAAUUCUGAAUAAAUACGUGCAGUCAGCAAA